CCACACACACGCAGGCACACACACACACACACACACACACACACACACACACACACACACACACACACACACACACACACACACACCGGUAUCGGGGGAUGCGCAUUGGAGACGCUCUCUCACCCUGAAUCGUCCUCCACACGGGGACGUGUUCUCAACUUUCCCCGCGCCAGUCAGCGGUCGACACCGGAGAGGGUUCAGGGAUCAGGACCGGCUGUGACGUCACGAGCUCCGAGCGGCGGAUCGUCCGUCGUUAUUUAGCGCGCCGCGUCCCGACCGAGUGACAGCGCGUGGGCGGCGCUGCCGGGAGACCCUCUCUCUCGUACCGGUGGCCGAGAGCCUCAGUUGUCAGGGAGGAGGGCGGUGGAGCAGCAGCACCAUCCGGGUAACAGGAGACGGAGUGAACCACGCGUGUUAAAACACUUUAUUAGUGGCGGUGGGUUAAAAGGCUCCGGAUCGAUAGGAGGGACGGCGCGUCUCCAUAGGGGGUCUGGUUUCAGGUCCGCCAGCGCAAAGUGACUGACUGACUCGCGUUGAGUAUUCACGAGGAGGCGAACCGAAUGGAAAGCAGAGCGCAUCACCUCGGAAAUACGAACAAGUUCAUCUCCGAUAUGGCUCCGUGAGCGCGGUGAAGCCGUCUGGUUUCUCGUGGUUGAAGGUUGAAGAUCCUGAGGAAAAGUCUCUGUUGUGUCCCUAUCUGCAGCGGCGUAGCUGCCCCGAGGGGGCCAUUGGGGGCCGGGGUGGAAGGGGGCUCGGACUGCUGUUUUGAGUUUUAAUAUUUAACACCAAAAAAUGAAGAGUGCUAUCACUGGGAUUUACACUGCGAGGGUGAUUACAAACCGGCGAAUGUAUGAAACUACUCUGAAAUCGAGACUUUGUAAAGCAAGAUAUUUUCUGUUGAAGUUGAAAUGAUGUGAGAGCUUCAGAGAUGGGUUGCAUGUGGCUCUUACUCGUCAAGGUGUGUGUGAUGCUGAGUGGGCUGCUGGCGGGGGCGUGCGGCGAGGGGAGCUGUGAGGGGCUGGUCAUGCUGUCCGCCAACGUGUCACUGUACGCCUUGGCUUCAUGGAACCAGAGCUCCAGCAACCUCACAGACUCCUCUGAGCCUUUCUGCGAGACCUCAAUCGAUGGAAUCGGUACCUGCUGGCCCAGGAGCAAGCCAGGACAGAUGGUGUCCCGGCCCUGCCCGGAAAUGUUCUACGGCGUCCGCUACAACACCACCAACAGUGUCUACAGGCGAUGCCUUUCCAAUGGAAGCUGGGCAGUGAAGGGGAACUACUCCAUGUGCAAGGCCAUCCUCUACCAAGAGAAGAGAAGUAAGAUGCACUACCAGAUUGCGGUGAUCAUCAACUUCCUGGGUCACUGCGUCUCCCUGGUGGCUCUGCUGACGGCAUUCUGCCUCUUCCUCUGUCUCAGGAGCAUCCGCUGCCUGAGGAACAUCAUCCACUGGAACCUGAUCGCUGCCUUCAUCCUGCGCAAUGCCACCUGGUUCAUCGUCCAACUCAGCAUGAGCCCCGAGGUCCACGAGAGCAACGUGGUGUGGUGCCGUCUGGUUACAGCCUCCUUCAACUAUUUCCACUCCACUAACUUCUUCUGGAUGUUUGGCGAGGGAUGCUACCUGCAUACCGCCAUCGUGUUGACCUACUCUACAGACCGCCUGCGCAAAUGGAUGUUCAUCUGCAUUGGCUGGUGCAUUCCCUUCCCGAUCAUUGUUGCGUGGGCCAUCGGGAAGUUGUACUACGACAACGAAAAGUGCUGGUUUGGGAAGCGGGCCGGAGUCUACACAGACUACAUCUACCAGGGACCCAUGAUCCUGGUUUUGGUGAUUAACUUCAUCUUCCUCUUCAACAUCGUCAGGAUCCUCAUGACCAAACUACGAGCCUCUACCACAUCCGAAACAAUCCAGUACAGGAAAGCGGUGAAAGCGACGCUGGUCCUGCUGCCCCUGCUGGGGAUCACCUACAUGCUGUUCUUCGUCAACCCAGGAGAAGAUGAGGUCUCUCAGAUCGUCUUCAUAUACUUUAACUCCUUCUUGGAGUCCUUCCAGGGCUUCUUCGUGUCUGUGUUUUACUGCUUUCUGAACAGUGAGGUAAGUGGAUUUACAUCUUUUACACAUGAAUUGAUAUUCCCCAGCCCCAUCCCAGAAUUCAUUGCAGAGACUGGAAUUGCGUGUGACAGUGCUGCAAGCAUUUUCCUGCAAUAUGUCUGCUACACCAGGAGAGAUAAACCUAGACAUUUACCAUUUACACAUGCUGAUGUGUUUGGGAGGCCAAAGAUGGCCUUUAAAUGAUUGAUGAUAGAAGUGUCAGAUCGAUGUGUGAUAGGAGCAACAGAAUGGUAAAUGUUGUGUUUUUCUCAAAGGUGCUGUUGGUAAGAUUCAAGAGCUAUCAUUUUAGUGGAAUUUGUAACAGAUGCCAUAGCCACCAGUUAGCUGACUGAAAGUCUUUGUGAGGAGUCCACUGCACUCCUGCCUCUGCAUAAGGCAAAGUAUUUUAGACCGGUCUUGGCUAAAUCCUGACCAAUCAGAGCAUCUUCCCCCUGAUUGGUUCAGGGAGUCAAUCUUGCCAAUCACAGGUGCGUAUGGGACGUAUUUUGGUUUCAAUCUCUAAGAUCUUUGCAGCUUUAGGCUUCUGCACAGUAGAACAAAACAAACUUUUGAUCUUAUAAGGCUUCAAAACUAUCUCUGGCUCUUAUUAGAUUGCUCAGUUUAGAUGAAUGAACACAGUACUACUAUGAGUGUAUGGUGAUUAGACACCUGCCGCUAUUUGUUACUUGCAUUGCAUAUAGAAAGGCUGGCUCUGCAAGACUAGAUUCCUAUUGGUUGUGUGUGACAGGUGAGGUCUGAUUCCUAUUGGUUGUGUGUGACAGGUGAGGACUUAUUCCUAUUGGUUGUGUGUGACAGGUGAGGACUUAUUCCUAUUGGUUGUGAGUGACAGGUGAGGACUUAUUCCUAUUGGUUGUGUGUGACAGGUGAGGUCGGCGGUGAGGAAGAGGUUCCAUCGCUGGCAGGAGCAACACUCCAUACGGGCGAGGAUGACUCAGGCCAUCUCCAUCCCCACCUCCCCCUCCAGGGUCAGCUUCCACAGCAUCAAGCAGUCCACGUCGCUAUGAGAGAGAGACCCCGAGAGAGACAAAGUGUGGUGGUCUCUCUAUCACCUGAAGGGAGCUCUGAUCCAGUCCCAGAGAGACUGCUAGGCUAGAGACCAUAAAGACUCUUGAGAGACGAGGACUACUGCUAAUGCUACUACUACUACUACUACAGCUACUACUACAUAUGAAUAUCUUUGUUCGUUAUGUUUCUGCUGUAUAUUCUGUUAAUAUUAUUGCUUGCGCUGUAUUAUUUGUGAUCGUUUAUUGCAGAGAUCGGAGAUCAACUGGACCACUGCAGUCGUUUAAAUGUCCUAUCACUCAGUCAUUAUUAUAUCUCUAUAUAUAUGGUUAUUAUUAUAUAUAUAUAUAUAUAUAUAUAUAUAUAUAUAUAUAUAUAUAGCAGCACUUCUUUAGCAGUAAGUAGUACUGCAGUAUUCCUUCACACUGAUGAAGUCCCUUGGUGCGGUGUUCUGCCCUGUGGAGCCCUUGACUCGAUUACACCACGACCAGCUAGGAUUUACACAUUCCGCCUGUACCCGAUGAACUCUAUAUCAUGUGUACCCGGUCACCUGUAGCACCUUUACCCUGUAUACUGUACCCUAUACUCCCUCUACCAUCUAUCCCCCUAGGUCCGGGACAUUGUACCGGUAUCCCUCAGCUCCGUUCACCUGAAGAAAUGACAACGUUGUAAACUGUGGAUUUGAAUGCUUUUCAGAUUGCUGUAAAAGUUUGCCGGCUGGUUUGUAUAAUAUCCUAUAUCUUAGCUGUGACUGUAGAGAAUAGUCUUCAUACGUAUGGAUGUCCAAUGCCACUGGCAGAGGUCCGCUCGCUGAGAAGCCCUGAAGCACCACAUUCCUGAUGCGCCAACAUGUACUGAACCUCUUCACUGCUGUUGUUCACAACAUUAUCGUCACGCAUUCUAUACGGCUCUCAUGUUUACCUCACCACCAAAUCAAUGUUAAACCACCCCUCUCCAGGUGUAUGUGACGGUUAUUGUUAAAUAUGUACAUUUGUGUAUUAAAGCCUAAAGUUAUCCUCUGUGUAAUAACUGUGUGUCGUGUUAAGGUCCUGGUUGGUGAAUCAACACCAGGUAGGGAUUAAACAACUGUACAUGAA